GGUACACUCGUAUACGUGCAGUCACGCGCAGCCUGGGUGUAAAACAUAGGUGUAAAGUAUAACUAUAUGGUUACCACUUGUCAACAAGUCAGCAUAUAAAGUGGGCUGCGCGUGCGUGUUCUCCGCUUUCGUUUUUGACAAGCUUUUAUGACUACAGACCUAACCUGAUUGGGUGGCUGUAGAAAAAGGAAGUAAAUUUACUUUUCAGCAGAUACCAGAGAAAACGCAGGUUUGUCGACAUAGUGAGCUAUUCAACUACAAGGUAACCCGUUUACACUUGUCAGCACGAUGAGAUAGGCGAAUCAACCGCGAGGAAUACAGAAAUGUAGGCUACAUAUUUCACUUUCCAGAUGUAACGAAGAGAAUCAUUUGGCCACACGCGCUUCCUGGUUUGUUGGAGUCUCUAGAAAGAAAGUCAGUCAGUCACACACACGGAUCAAACAACGCUACAGACAGACAGAAUGGAUAAUGUACGACCGCAGGAAACCAAGCAAAACAAGGGCUCCACGUUGCGGCACAGGGAACACAGCGAUGAGUCUCCCGAAAAGAGGCCCACUGACAGCUCUGCGUCUCCCCCUCAGGAUACGAAGAGGCUAAUCAGAAGAGUGCGAAGUCCAUCAAGACCAAGGGCAUGGCUGUCCAAUUCUUACAAACCGAAGUUUGGAGGGCCAUUCUACAAACCGCGUUCUAUAAAGGAUGACCACUCAUUCUACAAACCUGGCUUUGGCAACCAGAGGUACCACCACUUCAACCCACGGGGUUCCUUCCACCAGAGAGAUCAUUUCCAGCCUAAACCUCACCACAUCGCACUGAAGGAGAGGGAACGGGAGAAGGAGAAGGAGCGGUACGAGCACAGAGAAAGCGCUGAGAGAACUUCACCUUCAAAUUCAAAACCUACCAGACCUUUCUUACCCAGAUCAACGUCCAGCAGAGACAAGGACAUGCAGUACAUCGUUUGUCAGAACGACAGGAACCAAAGCAGGGAGAGAGAUCACAGGGGGACAAAAAGCAAAGAACGAGAACGAAGCCGAGACCGGGAGCUCCCUUCAACUGCGAGCCAUACGGCGACACGAGACCGAGCCAUCCAAAAGAAGAGGAGAGAGAUAGAUGAGGUGUACCAUCAGGAAUGUGAAAUGUUUGGCCUUGUGGCAAAGAUGCUGAUAGCAAAGGAUCCGACCCUGGAGCGCCCCAUCCAGUCCGCGCUGCAGGAGAACCUAAGGGACAUCGGCAAGCGUUGUGUGGAGGGCAUGGAGAAAUUUAUAGAGGACUAUGACUCCAGGGAGCUGUCUCACUAAUCAGAGAAACAGUCUCCUAGCAUUAAUCCUACUGCUUUGUUGAUAAUUGUAUUUCAUGUGAUUGAAUGCUGCUUUUCUUCUUUGUUUGCCAGUAGAAGUAAUACAUUCGCACAUUCUUGUAUAUGUAAAGGUUAACUUGACUGUGACUUGGACAUGUGAUACUGCUUCUAAUGUUGAGAAUGUAAUGAUUAUGAUAAAAAUAAUACACUGGA